AUGAUCACCUCUAAAAUUCGAGUUUCCAGUUUGCAAUCCUUGCCUCUGAAGAUGUCAGAAUAAUUGAAGACUAAAGUAGCAGCAUCAAGAAAUCCCAAGCUGGUAAAAAUGGAGGACAAAACCAGAAAGCUAUCUCCAUCUGUAUAUGCACAUGAAAUGUCUCAGUCGACAGAGGAGAGACAUACUACUACAAAUAAGAUGUCUCCACCUCGCAUUCUGGAACUUUUAGACAUGAGUAAGACAACACAUCAAAAGUUUUCUGCUAUAGAUGUGGACCAUCCUUUCUUCCAGCCAUACCCAUCUGAGAUUGUGUUCCAGAACUAUCUGCCCUUUGAGAUGUAUGAAGUGCCACUGGUGUUACGCAAUAAUGACAAGAUCCCUCGCCUUGUGAAGGUGGUUAAAGACGACUCACUAUAUUUCAAAGUGGUGAGCCCAGUAGAUGUAUGCAACAAAGUGGCCCCAGGCAUGGCGUUCACUUUUACAGUUCAAUUCACUCCACAGGAGAACAAGGAUUAUAGCCACCAAGUAAUCUUUAUGACUGAGAGGGAGAAGUUUGAGGUACCCAUCCGGGCAAUAGGGCCACGUGCCAUCCUGGACUUUCCAGAUGAGCUGCACUUUUCUCUGUGUCCUGUGAAAUGUUUAUCUCAAAAAACCCUCCUGGUACGCAAUAUUGGAAAAGGCAAGGCCAAAUUUCAGCUCAGCACACAGAACCCAUUUUCUGUAGAACCUUCAGUAGGAGCACUUAGUGUUGGCAAGAGUAUGCAGGUGACUGUUGAUUUUCUACCCACAACUACAGGAGACCACAGCCAACAACUGCUCCUCCAUUACCACACAGGAGAAGAUAUUUACAUAAAUUUGUAUGGAGCCUCCACAGAUAUAAAUGUGAGGUUGGAUAAGAAUUCACUGUGGGUGGAAAAGACUUACAUCUCCAUGGCUAACCAGCGCACAGUGGCUAUCCUGAACAGAAGUGACACCAUAGUGCAUUUCCAGUGGAAGAGCUUUGCCACUGAGGUGGAAGAGGAACAACAUAGACUCAGGUUCUUUUCUAAGCUGCAGCAGGAAGAAGAUGAUGAGAUGGAACAGUUUUUAACAGAGUGUGACGCUGACCCCACUCUUCGAGACCGCCUCUCCUUGCUCUCACGCACCUUCCGGGACAGACGUAAGCAACUUCAUCAGGACCGGCUAGUUUUCAGUGACCAGCAUAUCAUCAUAGAGCCACAGGAGGGGGACAUCUGGCCAAACUGCACAGCAAAAAUCAACGUUAUCUUCAAACCCCAAGAAGCCAAACUUUACCAGCACACUGUAUACUGUGAUGUCACAGGCAGAGAGACUUGUUUGCCACUGCGAAUAAAGGGGGAAGGCAUGGGGCCCAAAUUGCAGUUUAACUUUGAUCUACUGGACAUUGGCAACAUUUUUGUUGGCUCCAAGCACUGCUAUGAGGUGCUUGUGAGCAAUAAGGGACUUAUAGAUGCCCCCUAUAGUCUCAUGCCUCCUACUACAGCUGUGGGCCUGUGCUUUUCCUUCAGUCCUCCUGAGGGCAUGGUGCCACCUGGGGCUUGCCAUGUCCUGGAGGUCCGCUUCUUUUCUGACAAACUGGGCACCUUCUCCGAGGAGUUUUAUUUUACUGUUUUGGGAAAUCCCCAGCCUCUCAUUCUCACAUUCAGGGGGUGUGUAAUAGGCCCGACGUUUCAUUUUAACAUUCCUGAGCUUGACUUUGGACAGGUAUCCUUCGGCUUUCCUCAAACACUAACCUGCUCACUUACCAAUUCCUCAUUGGUAUCAAUGAAUUUUGGUCUACGGAUCCCUAGUGAUGGGAUGGGGAGAGAAAGUGUGACCAGUACUGAGCAGGUAAGAGAGCUGGACAGGAAUGACUGGAAACCAGGAGAUAGGGCACAUGAAAGGCCUAGAGAAUUCAGAGUGACACCCAGUUCUGGCACCAUCCGGGCUCAGAGCCAAAUGGACAUCAAGGUAACCUUGUGCUCCAAUACAGUGCAGAAGUACAGUCUAGCAAUGGUCGUGGAUGUUAAUGGAGUUGGGGAGGAGUUGUUAGCUCUCCCAAUUAAGGCUAGCUGUAUUGUUCCUGAAGUGCAUCUGGAGAGUUCUGUGCUUCAGUACCAGCGCUGCUUCCUGGGUUAUCCCUAUGAAAAGACCAUCAGACUGAUAAAUGAUACAAACCUCCCUGCAUGCUAUGGCCUUUUAGACCAGAAGUAUGAGGAGAACCCAUCUCUACUGUACUCUACUGUUCAUCCAAGAGGAGUGAUUCAGCCAUACAGUAUUGAAGAGAUUCCUCUGGUUCUUCAGGCUAAAACAGUGGGCCAAGUACAAGUCAUGGCUCUUAUUGCAAUUUUAGGCCAACAGGAUCCUGCAUUGGAGUUGCUCCUGUCCUGCAUUGGCCAGGGGCCAGUUGUCUCCAUCUCUGCCACUGAGCUACACUUUGGCACCAUCCCAGUGCUCACUGACAUCCCAAGGAUGCUGCAGUUGUUCAACAAGUCCCCCAUCCCAGUCCAGUUCUUGGCACAAAUGGCUAAGAGUAACACUCUUUGGCGGGUGGAGCCAGCAGAAGGAGAGAUUCCCCCAGAAGGGCAACUUGAACUGACAGUGGUGGCCUCUCUAGAUGAUACUCUGCCAUUCCAGGAUACAUUGCAGCUGACCAUCCACAACAGCCAAACCCAUACAAUACCCUUGUUUGCUACGGGGAAGGGCACUACUAUUGUCACUGAUCUGCCCUUUGCACCCCAUCUGGACCUUGGAACUCACUUUAGCUCAGGUCCAUGCCAGUAUCACUUUAAGAUCACCAACAGAGGUCAACGAUUUCACAAGCUUUUCUGGACCACUGAAGGCUUUCCUCACUUCCACCGCAGAGGCACACUUGCCACAAAAAACCAACCCCUCACUACUUCCAGUCAAGGCAAAGCCAGGAGUCAACUGGCACCUAAAACUUUGGGUGCUCCUGUCUUCUACCUGACACCCACACGUUUGGAACUUGGUCCAGGUCACUCAGCUGACAUGCUGCUGGAGGGCUUCUGUGAUACACCCAAAAUGGUAAGAGAAAGGAUGAUAUGCCAUGCCUUGGUGGGGAAUCAGAAUGGGAAGGAACGUAUCAUGACAGUGGAUAUCACAUGUAAAUUCAUUGCACCAAUCCUGAUUAUCUCCCCUCAGCAGCUCAACUUCUGUGUUAAAAAGGUUCCAGGCGUGCCCCUUGUGCCUCUGUAUGAAAAGCUUUAUCUGAAGAAUGUCUCCAUGUUGGCUCUCUCUCUGGAGCUUACCCUGGCUGAGCCAUUUGGUCUCUGUGACUGUAGCAGUGAUGACUCAUUCACCUUCUCAAAGAGUCUGGUGAUGGGUAUUGGCGCUGAAGCAGAGAUCUGGGUGCGCUUCAACCCUCUUUACCAGCUGGAUUUAGUGAGCCGUGUGGCUGAGGAAGUGCUGGAGGUGAGCUACAGUGGGCACCCUCAGCGGGACACCGUGGCUCUGCGAGGAGAGGUACACUUUCCCAACCUGCACUUCUCAAGUCAUGUGUUGGACAUUGGCUGCAUCCUCAACUGCACAGAGGUCCAGAAGCAGCUUACCAUGACUAACUCCAGCUCACUCCCUGUUAUCUACCACUGGGCUUUUAUACUGGAUCAAAAGCAUUACCCCAUCAGGCAGAGUAGAAUCUCUAACACUCCACAAGAAGAAGAGAGGAAAAAUAAGAAGAUAAACCCAGAUUAUGGUACUAAUGAGCAAAGAGGAGCGAAGGAGCAACUGACAAAUUCUGGGCUAAACAUUCUUGGAUCAGUAGGGCCACAUACAUGCAGCUCUAUUCUGCCGGGACAGAUCAGUAAAGCAUCUAUAGCACAGAGGCCGACAGGGUUAGAACUGGACAUCGGCACAGCCAUCAUAACAGGCAGAGAGACAUCAAGUAUAAGUGUGGAAGAGAUAUUUGACAUUAUGCCAGUUUAUGGAGUUCUGCAGCCUGGUGAGAUUCAACAGGUGACAUUCAAAUUCUUUGGCCAUGCUGACAUCAGUGCUCAAGUCCUGGCCGUGUGCGUGGUGGAGGAAGGCCCAACAUAUGAGAUUGUCCUCAAAGGGGAAGCUUCACUGAUCACCUACACCUUGGAUACAACUGAGAUCAACUUUGGUCCUCAGUUAUUUGACCAUGUGGCAGAAGCAGAGAUCAUUUUGAGAAACACAGGAAAGGUGGGUUUUGACUUCAGUUUUCUGCUGGAGGAUCAGCAUGUGUCCCCAAAAGACACCUUACCUGGACAACCCCUUGUUAUUCCCAGCAUGGGCCACAUAAGGGCAUUUGAGGACAUGAAAGCUUCUGUGUACUAUCUUCCUGGAAUCCCAGAGGUUUAUAAGAAGGUGUUCCAACUACAGGUUGCCUUCUUUGAGCCAAAAAGCAUUACAAUUAUGGGAGAGGGCAUCUUUCCUAGAGUGUGCCUGGACCUACCUAGAGACCUAAAUGAAGAACAAUAUAGCUUAGUGCUGAAGCAGGCAAAGGAAGCAGUUGAAAGUGAAUCUCAAAGAGAAGACAUGCUAAGGAGACCUGGUACAGGGUUUGGUGAGAUGUAUGAAGAGGACUAUAUUCCUACAUAUGAUGUGCUGCUGCAGAUGGAGGUUGAGAGGCUCCUAGUCACGGAAAACUCUAUAGCAACUGAGAAAUCCCAAAGAGACUCUGUACAAAGUGAAAAGCCUGGAUCUAUUUCUAGCAUGUGGUGCAAAAAGCUCAGCAGGUUUAUUUUGCCUGAGUACAUUCUGGACUUUGGUCAGGUGAUUCGCGGCAAUGUGUCUACUCAUAUUGUAAAAGUGACAAACAGUGGGCCUCUUCCAGUGUCCUUCAGAGCUGAACAACGUUCUCUGGCAGGCACAGGAUUUAGUACAGAGUUGGACAGGGUGAAGAAUCUGCCCUACUGUGAGACAGAGACAUUUGAGGUGAAAUUUGAUCCACAAAGUGCAAAUCUAGAGCUUGGGGAGAUGAGCACUGUAUUGUCUAUACAGGUAUUGGGGGGUCCUACAUUUCCAGUCCGUCUAUGUGCAGUGGUCACAUUACCCACCUUGACCACCUCUACUAACAUGUUACAGUUUGAUACUGUUCAAUGUGGCAUGUGUAAAGUGGCUAUAAUUCAGUUGCACAACCCUGAGCCAGUGCCCUGCAAGUGGAGCAUCAAAGAGGAGGAGCAGCCAAAGAGAAAGGUAAAGACUGAGAAGCACAUCCCACGUCACCUGAGACAGGAGGCUCGUUUAGAGAAGCUGACUUCUCCACUUAUCUUUGAGAUGUUGCCAUCCAGUGGUAUGCUGUAUCCUGGUGAUUGGAUUAACAUCCAGGCCAAGUUCAGUCCAGCUGAAGGGAAAAUGUAUAGAGAGAAGCUAGUGAUAGCUGUGGCCCAGAGCACCCAGAGGAUCUUACUCUUAGCUGAGGGACAGGGAUUGGAGCCACAGCUAGAGUUUUCCACCUCAGAAAUCGAGCUGGGGCCUGUACUGCCCUACAGCUAUGGAGAUGAGGUUGAGGUGCUGGUCCACAACCCCUGCCCUUUCCCUAUUGAGUUCUACUCCCUGGACUAUGACAGCCAGUACCUGGAGGAAGAGAGGAUCCUGCGUUUCAUGAAAGGAUAUGAUGCACAUAAUAUAUUGCUGUUGCCCCUUCGACCCCCUGGUGAGCCUUUGCCUGCAGAAGUCCUAGACUAUUACCAAGAGCACAGGGCCCAAAAUCCUGAACCAGCAUCCAACAUGGCCUCUGACGUCAGGGAAAAGGAGAAGUGUGCAGGACAUGUGGAUAACAAAUUAUAUGCUCCAGCUGAAGUGUGCACCCUGGAGAAGGGUGAGGCAGAUGCCACAUCUGUACUAAUGGAUGGGACAUCCACAGGAAACAACAGGACCAGCAGGAUCGGUGAUCUGGAGAUAAAUCCUGUUUCUAGAGCUAUUGCUCACUACAUGGGCAUUGAUUUGUCACCAUCAGGCCAAGCUGUUCACAGUUCCAGAGGCAUUGCCAUUGUAGUGCAUGGUGCUCCACUCUCAGGUAAGACAGCUUUGGCUGUGAACUUGGCGAGGUACUAUGGUGCUGCAUGUCUGAACAUAGACACAGUGGUGCAAGAAGCUGUGUCAUCUGGAACCAGCACUGCAAGCAAGCAAGCCAGAGAGCUGAUUGGAGAUGCCAUGGAGUCUGUGCAAGGCACAGAAGAACAUACUGCCCCAGCUGUGUUAGAUGGGAAAACUGUGGCUAGUGAGACUGUAGGUAUUCUCAGUGUUGAGGCAUUAGCCCAGCAUGCAGCUGAGGGUGUUCAAGAUACUGACUCUAAAAUCCCUACAUCCACUCUCUCAACAAACAAGACCAGCAUCAUGGGAGCAAAGAAAGACGGUGGCUCCAAUCCUAAUGCUUCAGUGGCUGGUCCAACUCCGAGUGUGAGUCCAGCAGGUGAGCUGAGAGGCAUGAGCAGUUUACUGCCUGAUGAUCUACUGUUAGAGAUACUGUCAGAGAGACUACAGCUUAGCGACUGCAAUCAAGGCGUUGUGAUUGAUGGCUUGGAGACACUGUACUGCCGCUUUCCAAGCACUGCACUCCAUGUUCUCAUCAAAGCCUUUAACAACCGCCAGCACAUCUAUGUUAUCAACCUCACUGACAGCUACUUUGAAUUUAAAUCCAGAGAGAGAGCUCAACUGGAGCUGGCAGAGGCCUUACAGAGGGAACAGACUGAAAGAGAAAAGCUGCAUUUGCAGGAGAUGGAUGAGGAUGAGUAUAAUGCCCUGUGUGAGGAAGAAAAAGCAAUUGUAGACCUUCGGCACUUGGAGAUGCUAAAGGAAAUUAUGUAUAGCAAGCAAGAGAGGGAACAGGAAAAGAAGCAGGAGGAGGAGGCGAUCAAAGUAGAGGAGGAGAUGAAGAAAAAACACAAGAGAGGGAAAAAGGAAGUACAUACAGAGGAUGUAACAGAAAGAAGAAGUCAGCUAGGAGUUGCCCAGCCUGUUUUAGCACUGCACUCUGACUCUGGACAGGAACAGCAGUCUAAAGUGAAUAGAAAGAUGUCUACCAGCACAGACGCCAAAGACUCACUUUUAGGGGCUACCAGAGAACUUGAUAAAGGAGGCAAAAAGAAAGCCAAAGACAGCAAAGACAGCAAGCCACCUGACCAUGAUCAUUCUUUACUGCCACUGGAUCAACUGGAGAAAGAGCUGGUAACCGAUGCUGAAAGGCAGCUGUUUUCCCGGUUCCGUAUGUAUGAGCAGAGCCAGCCACGUAUUCAGCACAUGCUGCAGAACUGGGAUAGGACUCAAGGCCGUCUGCUGAAUUCUCCUCCUUCAGAGGAGGAGCAGCAGCGACAUGAAGCACCAGAACUUCAUAAGCUGCAUACCAAGUUGGCCAAGAAGGAGCGGGAGAAAGAAAGGAUGAAAAUGGACACUGCUGAUCCUAAGCUGCUGUCGCCAACCCCCAGCCAGACUCACCUAUUGCCCUAUGGCACAGAGGGUUCAGAGAAUGAGCUGGCAAUAGAGCUUAUACCCUACAUCUGUAUCUCUAUCAGCAAAAAAGAGGAAGCAAGCAUAGACAUGCUUCUCAGCAGUAUGAAACUGCCAUCACUGGAUGAGGUUUUGGAAGGGUUAGGACUUGGACCCACAGGUCCACCCAUUCCUCCUCCCAUGCUGUUCUCAGUAGUCCAAUACCCUAAAAGGAGAGUGGUGUCCAGCUCCCGAUUUACUCCUGGCAGUUUCACCUUCUUGAUGCCCUCAUCUCUGGAAGACUCAGCUGAGGAAAAGUGGGACUUGGAGACAGGAGCCCUAAGCCCUACUAUGUCUGGCAAGGAUGAUGUUACAACCCUUAACAAAGGCAGAGGGAAGAAGGCCCAAGUGAAAGAGGAAUCAGCCAAGGGGACCCCAAAAGACAAGCGGCGAAUUCCUACAAAAAAAGGAAGCAAGUCCUUAGACACUAGUUCAUCUCCAUUAAACACUGUCACCCCCUUAUCUGAAAUUGACCAUAGCAAGUUUCUGGAAGGUUGUCUUACAGAACACAGCCAGAGGCUUACUCAUUUCCGCUGGGUUGUGCCACCAAAUGGACAAAUGAUCCUGAGACUGUGGUUCCACUCGUCUGUGCCUGGUGAUUUUAAACAGACUUUGGGGUUUGAAGUGAUGGGGACCAAGCGCUGUUAUCAGCUCUACUGCAGAGGCAUCUGUGGUUUUCCAUCCAUCAGCAAAGACCAUAAGAUGGUGUUUGCUCACUGUAAAAUGACCAUGCAGAAAAAGAAUGACUUACAGAAGACAUACAUUAUCCGCUCAGGCCUGUAUGACUUCGGGCCCCUGCUUUGUGGAAGAAACAGAGAAAGAUACAUGGAAAAGAAGUGCCCAGACAAUGAAGAAAGACUAGUAAUCCACAACAACUCCCACAUGGAGGCAGAGGUCCAGUUUUGCCUCCACCAAGACACCAAAUCCACCACAUUUAUCCUGGACCCUUUAAGCAUUGUUCUUAAGCCCAAUGAGAGAAAGGAGCUCAGAGUAUCGGCAUACCCUACCACUCCAGGUCUUAUAGAAGACAGUGUGGUGUGCUGUAUUAAGGAGAACCCAGAACCUACUAUCUUUCACAUCUCUUGCAAAGGAGUCCGACCAGAACUGGAAGUGGACCGCAAGCAACUUAAUUUUGAUAAGAUUUUCCUGGACAGGAGACAGACGCGCAGUCUGCGCUUGCGCAAUCCCACCGAACUCCCAGUUGCCUGGUGGCUGAGUGGCCUUGAGGGGCUUGGUGAGGAGUUUAGCAUUUCCAAGGACCAUGGCAUCAUCAUGGCACAUUCUGAGUUUUCCUUGCUCAUGCAUUUCCAUGCCAUAAAACCUAUUAGCCUGAAGAAGACCAUAAGAUUGGAGGUGUCAGAUGUAGAGAAUAUUCUUGGUGUUGUCCAUACAGAGAACAUUAAUAUUGUGGCAGAAGCUUAUGAUGUGGUCUUGGAAAUGACCUUACCUAAAGGUACGGACAACAGUCUGGACUUUGGAGUAAUCAAAGUAUCAGAAGAAGUGAAGUUAUCUGUUAAUCUGAAAAACAAGGGGAAACAUGAUAUUGCCUACAAGUUUGUCCUGGAGCCUACGGAGCCUCAAAUGCCUAACCUCAACUCAGUCUUCACAAUUACACCUCAAAAAGGCACUCUUCAUCCCAGUGACCGGCCCACAUGUGUCCAAGUCAUCUUCUGCUACAACAAGGAGGUGUCUCUUAGACAACAGCCAAUUUUACAAUGCCAGGUCAUAGAGCCAAGUAUUGAUGAAGACAGAGAAACCAUAAAGAUUAUACCCAUCAAAGUGUCUGUGCAGUGUGUCUAUUCUAAGUACAGCAUCUACCCUGCAAAUGACAUCAAUUUUGGUCCAGUAGUCCAUGGUUCCCGCAAGACACAGACAAUUACUGUGGAGAAUAGGGGUGAAUUUGAGAUCUGUUUUACCAUCUCCAGAAUGUUUAAAGAUCUCCAAGCAUCUGAGCAGAAGAGAGGAAUAGGCAAGAGAACUCUCAGAGAGAGUAACUCUGCAAGACGAUUAUCCUCAGCCACUAAACUACGCCAGUCUGACUCUGUCCAGAAGGACACUAUUAGGGACACCAUACCUUCUCAGACACGUUUGCCUGUGGGGUUGUUCUCCUUGUCUCCAUGCUUUGGCACCCUUUUAGCUGGUGCUCAGCAGGUGGUAACUGUGGACUGUGUGGCAGAGCAGGUAGGCUGCUGGGAAGAGUGCCUGGUGGUGGACAUCACUGAUCGAGACCCUUCUGACAGCCCAGGAGGGAUCAUCUACAGGUUACUAGCAGAGGUCUGCAUGCCAGGAAUAGCCCAUGAAGAUAUUGCGUCCAUCUUUGAAGAACACAGAUUGUGCAAGAACAGUAGCAUGCUACAAUGUGAGCAGUAUCAGGAGGCCAUGGGCGUCUAUAUCCAGGACGAGAACAAGUUUGUCUUUAACAAUGUGUUAGUCGGCCAGUCAGCAAAAGCCCGCUUCCGUCUUACCAACCCUGGCAAAAUACCCUGUAAACUUAGUUUGCAGGUUAAAGCUGUCAAGAUGCCUAUUAGGAGCUCUGAGGUGUUUGAGCUGACCCCUACACGGAUGAAUAUCCCCAGUCACUCACAUGCCUUUGCUACAAUUACCUUCACUCCCCAGAACAUGCAGACCUACCUUGGAGUUUUUGAAGCCUCUCUAGAAGGGCCAACUGGGAGCAAGUUGCUGGUGUUUGAUUUGAUGGGAGAGGGCAAUUUGCCCUGUAUAACUAUUCUAAAACCAGUUCAGAGAAGCAAACAUGGACAGCCAGUCCUGCAGUUUAAGCGGCUUCUGGUAGACAAGAAACAAAUUCUCCCUCUGGUCAUCAAGAACAUUAGCAAUGUACCUGCACAGGUUAGCAUUGAUCUGCUUGACAAGAUCGGAGUCUUUGCUUUAAGGGCAGCUCCUGGCACUUCAUGCAGCUACAUCUCUACUUCAAACAUAGAAAGUGAGCCUGGAACAGUAGAAAGGCAGGUGGAUCAUUUGGCCUCCCUGGCACUAAUGGCUGGACAGCAAGCAGAGUUUGAGGUGGAGUUUCAUCCUGAGGUCACUCAAAGGUUUGAGGCCACCAUGCAUCUGUUUGUAAAAGACAACCCAUAUGAAAAGACAGUGAUACAUAUACAAGGAGAGGGCUACCAUGACAUAAUAUCUUUGGACAAUAUCAGCAGCAAGGUUCCUCAGGACCAGGACAGCACUGAAGCCAUAUGUGAUAUUGUGCAAUUUGGAGACUGUCAUGUGGGCCGGCUUUACCAAAAGACCUUCACUAUGACCAAUCACAGCAACUCAGAGGUUAUGCGCUUUCAGUGGCCUCAGGGUGAGCCUCAUCUGUAUUUCUCACCUGAGAUAGGCCACCUCCAUGCCAGAUGCACCAAGGAGGUUACAGUAAGCUUCAACUCAGAGCAGCCCAUAGUGCUGACUGAACGGGUGAUGAAGUGUAAACUCUGCCAGAUAACUUUCCAGCAGCCUGUGGACCAAGUGCCUGACUGGGAUGACCGUCACAGGACUGUCAAGUGGGUUGAUGUGGAAAAGCCGCUCUCACCUCAGAGACCAGCCAAGAAAAAGGUGGUAGAGACUGACCCAGAACCUGCCCAUUCAGUGGUGGAAAACUCGUUUAGGGAACUAGAACUUGGGAUAAGUGCCAUGUGUGAUUAUGCCAAGUUUGAUUGUGAUGCUGAACCUAUCCUUUUUAAAGACACCAUGCUCUUUCAAACCAGAGUCUUCCAAAUGCAAAUGGCCAACAAAGGCACUGUGGAGCUUGAAUACUCAUGGCAGGUUAUGAUGGACACCUCUGAGAAGACUCAGGGCUUUGUUCAUGGAGACAUGUCCCCCACUACUGCCAAAGGCAAUCAAACAGGGCUGAGGCCAGCCAGCAAUUUGUGGAGCCUGUCUACUCUGCUGUUAGGAGAUCCAGAGCUUCCUCCAUUCACUGUGGAGCCGAAUAUGGGGCUUAUCCUGCCUGGGACCAACCAGAUAUUUUAUAUACGCUUCUCUCCUCUAGAAGUAUCCUAUUAUGAGGCCAGACUAGUCUGCAGCAUCCCAAAUCUGAAGGACACGCAAGGCCCCGUGAUAGCAGUGAAUGGAUGCAGUAUGAUGCCUUACUGCCAUUUCCACCUGGAAGACUCAGGAUACCUCACAGAUAACAGAGAGAGCCUUGAGCUCCCUGGCCCACAGAGGUCUACACCCAGAGCCAAGCUGGAUCACAACACCAAAGUUAUUGAAUUCACAUCCACAGGGGUCGGCACAUCCAUCUGCAGGACCUUCAGUGUCGUAAAUCCCACGAACAAGCCAUAUUCAUUGUUGUGGAAAUGUGAAGACUCAGAAGUUAAACCCUUUACCUGCCUCACACCAAAGGACUCAAUUGAGCCUGGCAAGAAAGUGGAGGUCUCAUUUAAAUACCAUGCCCAAGAACUAGAUUUGGUGGAAUCCUUCUGGACUUUCUUAAUUCCAGAGUAUAGGUUCUCAGUUCCCUUCCUGCUGGUGGGCACAGCAAAAGAUCCAAAUGUGUACAUUGAUCAUGCUCAUCUUAAUCUCGGCAGUCUGCUUAUUGGUCAUGAGGUCCAUAAGAUUGUGUAUUUGGUGAAUAGAGAAGACCAACCUUUCUACUUUGCUAUUGAUGAGGUCUCUCGGCAUACAAAGUCAUUCAGAGACAGCCUAAGACUGAAGCCCAUGCAAGGGACAGUACCCCCCAGAGACAAGUUCCCUGUGGCCAUAUCCUUCACACCCACACAAGAGGGUCUGGUGACAUUUAACCUACGCAUGAUGAUCAGAGGAAAAGUUCAGCCACUCACUAUGAACGUGAAGGCGGAUGGUUAUAACAUGAAUGUCUGGGUCCGAUAUGAGAGUCCAGAAGGGGCCAUAACUGAACUUUCUGCUUCUGAUUGUCAUCUUGUGAACUUCAAACAGGUGGAGAUGAAUAGUAAGUCCACAUGUGCCUUUGUGGUGUUCAACCCAGGGAGGUUUGAUGUGGACGUGCAGUAUGAGAUAACAGGGCCUAAAGAGCUGCACCGCCACCUACAGUUUGAGCCCACAACAGCUGUGGUACCAGUGGGAAAACAGAAUCAUUGCAUCCUCAGUUUCUUCCCUUUGCAGAAGUGUGACCUCAAAGAUAUGAGCUUCUUAAUCAAGAUAAAGGAUGGCCCAGUUUUCCGGUGCACUCUGAUGGGUUCUGCUUCCAGCCUGGGGCUGGAGUUUUCCUUCAUCAAGUACAAUUUUGGAAAGACCUUUAUUUACACUGAUGGCAUGGUGCCUGCCACAUGCACACUGUUAAUCAGCAACAAAGGGGAAAGAGGAAUCAGUAUGGACUGUUUAUUCUCCAACACCCCUUUUCUGGAAGUGGGUUUCAUGCCUGAUGUACUGCCCCCUUGUGGGAGCAUUGAGGUGCCUAUCACAUUCUACCCCCGAGAAGCAACGCACUACCAUGAAAAGGUAGUCUUUGAGAUAAAUGCGUGUUCAAGGCAGGUAGUGGAAAUAAUGGGGAAAGGAAUUGAGAUGAAGAUUGAUGUAGAAGAUCCCAAAUUAAAGACUUUGAAGCUUGGAACUCUGCAGGUGGGCCAGAGGAGCAAGAAGCUCAUCCCUCUGAUCAACAACAGUCUGUCUUCCUUGACCUUCUCUCUCAUCUUCACACCAUUUGCACAGACUCUCCUGAACUCUAAGGUCCUGUCAGUGAAUCCAAGUGGGGAGGUGACAUUGAAGGGUGGAGGGGGAAAGUGUGUGGUGGAGGUGCUCUUCAGCCCUCAGCAACGCAUGACACCCUUCAGCGAGGAGGUGCAGCUAAAGUGUUUAGGAACCAUGCAUCCCCUACUGGUGCUGAAAGGCUGCUGCCAGGGUGUGGAGGUUACACUGGACCAGAACUACUUGUCCUUCGGAGGUGUGGCCCGGCACAGCCAAGCCACACGUCAGAUUACGCUGCAAAAUACAGGAGACAUUGGGGCUAGGUUCACGUGGGAUGCCAAGGCCUUUGCUCCGGACUUCAGUAUCUGCCCAGCUGAAGGUUAUAUCUGCCCAGGAAUGGAGGUGCCGUUGGUGGUGACUUUUGCUCCUGUGGAGGUCAAGCAGGAUGUGUGCUAUAACAUUUUCUGCUCUAUAGAGGGGGGCAAGCCUUUAACUCUUACGCUUGCAGGCUCCUCCAUUGCUUUCCCAGUUCCCAAACAGGUGCUUAAUUUUGUGUGUCAGGUCCGUAGUCAUUGCACUCAGUCUGUGACUCUAUCUAAUAAUACUAACCAGCACUGGCAUCUGAAGCCUGUGAUUGAGGGUGAAUAUUGGAGUGCUUCACUCUCCUUCUUCAUUGAGCCCUACCAGCAAAAUAAAGCCUAUGAGAUCACCUAUAAGCCCUUGGCCAUGACCACGGAUGGCAAAAAGCACCUGGGCUCCGUGUUUUUCUCUUUACCUGAUGGCUCAAGCAUGCUGUACACUCUACAGGGCACAGCAGAGCCACCUCUAGCUGUGAGCACAAUUAACCGUGAAGUACCUUGCAAGACAUCCUACACAGAGAUUGUCCCUGUUCAUAACUGGUUGCCCAAACCUCAGAGAUUCCGUGCUAUAGUGGAGAUAAUUAAACCAGAACGUCCUGACAGCACAGUCUUGCUGAAGGGGCUUGAUUAUGUGGAUGUUUCAGCGUUGAGUAAAAGAGAUUACAAAAUCUCCUUCUUCAGCUACAAGGAAUGCCAAUACAAUGCCAAACUGAUCUUUAAAAAUGAGUCCACAGGGGAGUACCAAUUUUACUACCUGAACUUUAAGGCCACACCUCCUGGAGUGAUCAGCACUAUUGAGAUGGUCACAGUGGUUAGGCAGAUGACUUCAGGCUGUGUAAAAUUGGAAAAUCCUCUACCCAUGAACCUGUUGUUCACAACCGAGUGCCGCAGUUCCGAUGUCAAUGUGCAACCUCAGUUCUUAGUGCCUGCACAGUCUACGGAAACCUUGAGGUUUGACUACCAGCCUCUCCGUCCAGGUGAAACUACAACACGGCUCAUGCUGUCUAACAGUGAACUCGGUUAUUUUCACUAUGAGCUUUUACUCCGUGCGCUUCCUGCUCCUCCUGAGAGACCCCUUUACUUUAGAGCACCACUGGGCAGCGGGCAAUAUCUCACUGCCAAGUUCACCAGCUAUUCCCGUGUCAAAACUGAGUACACUUGCAAGACAGACCAUCCUGACUUCACUGUGGAAAAAAAUGUAAUCCUAGUGGCAGCAAGCUCCCAAUCAGGCACUGAUGUGAGUGUGGAAGUCUACUUUGAGCCCUGCCAAUUAGGUGAGGUGCGAAGCCUACUGACCUUGUCAUCCAGCACUGGAGGGGAUUAUGUGUUCCCUCUGUAUGGAACAUGCACCCCUCCCAAAGCCCAGGGCCCCUUGGUCAUCCGUGCUGGCUCCAACAUCUCUAUUGCCUUCAAGAAUGUCUUCAUGGAGACCACAGCCUUUUCUUUUCAAGUGGAUAACCCAGCCUUUACAAUCAAGGGCCUGGACACCAUUCGCUCAAAGAAGACUCAACAAAUCCUUGUGAGCUUUGAGAGCCCUCAGCAAGGCUCCAAGGCCCCCUGCACAGGAAAACUUAUCAUCUCCAGUCCACGCACAGAGGGCCAUGGCCAGUGCCUCUCCUGGGUAUAUUACCUGAAGGGCAUCACUUCAGAGCAGCCUCAGAGAGAGAAGAUGUCAUAAAAUGCUGCCAAGGCCAAAAGGACAAACCUUAUGAAUGUUUAUUUUAAAAAUCACA